UCAGUGCGCAUGUUCCACACUCCUUGCACAGCGCCUCUGUGGCCAGGCGGACUGUAGCACGAUUCAGUGCGCGUAUGCCAGUCGUUGGCUCCAGCGAGGAGAAAAACAAUGGAAUUGGAGGUUUUUAAUUGAACUUGAACGUACAUGUGAGAAUCUGAUCUGGGCUCUUUGUGGAUACCACAAAACUGGCAAGCGUUAUGAACAGAUUGUUGAAAAAUCCGUAUGUCCACAUGAAACCUGCAUCACAUUGCAUUGGAUUUGCAGUAGAUUUACACUAAUAAUUAGACUUGCCUAUUGUAAAUGCUGAAAAUAUCUUUCUUUUCUAAUGAAGCACUCAGGUUUAACACUAUCCAUGUUUUUCAACUGCUGCACAUUUGUUUGCACAUUAUAUAAUGGUGCAAAUCACAGUUAUGUUAGUACAGAAACGGCCAGUUCUGCGUCAAAUGCAAGAUCUCUGUCAAGCCUACCAGCCCACCGUGACCUAAUAGUAAAGGAAGGGACCAGUGUGUUAAUUGAAUGCAAUGUGAACAGCAGCCAGUUGCACAAUGUUCUGUGGUACAACUCGAAGGGAGAUCUGUUGGAAGAAACUGGAGAAACAGGUGGAAAAUGGCUUAUUUUAGACAGUGGAGAACUGAACAUCACCAGUAUUACAUUUGCUGAUCGAGGUCGUUACACAUGCGUCGCAACAAACUCUUAUGGCACUUUAAAUUACACAGUCACCUUGCGUGUUGUCUUCACCACAGGCGACAUGGGUGUUUAUUAUAUGAUAGUUUGCCUCAUUGCUUUCACAAUUGUUAUGAUACUGAACAUCACUCGCCUCUGUAUGAUGAGCAGUCACCUCAGGAAAACUGAAAAAGCAAUCAAUGACUUCUUCAAGAUGGAAGGAGCAGAAAAAUUACAGAAGGCAUUUGAAAUUGCAAAACGCAUUCCUAUCAUCACAUCUGCAAAGACCCUUGAACUGGCCAAAGUAACUCAGUUUAAGACCAUGGAGUUUGCCAGAUACAUUGAAGAGCUUGCUCGUAGCGUUCCUCUGCCACCUCUUAUCUUGAACUGCAGAGCCUUUGUAGAAGAUAUCAUUGAGGCUGUAUGGAUGGAGGAUGCAGAACAGACCACAAAUGAAGAAAAUAAAGAUGGUCAGGCUGUUGGGGGCAAUGAGGAGAUUUACACUAUUAAUACCGAAAUACAGCGCAGUAGUUCACCUGCAGGAGAAUCAGAUGACUCAUAUGUUCAUGAGGAGUGCCAAGAGAUUGCUGUUCAAGUUUCAGUACAUUCUCAAUCAGAAAAACAAAGCAUUGACACACUAUCCCAAGGGAGCAGCCAACUUGAACAAAGUGAAGAGAAUUUGCCCAAGAUACAGAUAAACAAAACGGAUGGCAUAGUGUAUGAAAGUCAUAUAUAAAUUGUGUAAGCGAUCUUUGAUAUGGAUUAAAAUUGAGAGAAUUGUUCAGUGAGAAAAAGCAAACUUAAAAUGUCACCAAAACAGUUUUUAAGAAUUUUUAAAUGGACCAGAAGGCAAUUAUUUUUAACCCACAUCAAACUUAUGAUUGAUGCGGUGAUGUCAGUUUUCAUAGAAAUGUAUAUGUAGCUUGUGGCCACUGUGGGCUGCCACUAAAGAGGCUAAUAGCCGCUUGUAUUUAGAAGGUGCAAGGUGUCGAGCGUAAAUCUUCUUUUACGAUCAUAUGUAGCUGUAAUUUGAUAGUCGUGCCCUAUUUAAUGGAUGUAAAGAUGAUUUGACUAAAUGUAUAGAGAAAAUCAAAAGUGUGGUGUCGUGGAAAGUGACCCAUUGACAUGGUUUUGCAAUGCCAUCUUAAAAAUUUGAAUUUAACAUAUCAUCUGGGGCUUAUUUGAAUGUAAAAUAUUAUAAGACUGAAGACCUUGCCGUGGGGACUAAUUAAAGAUCUCAAGAAUUUCUAGCCAGUCUUGAAAUUCGCUAAGAUUCAGUCUAGCUUCUAACUAUACACUGCCUGCCAUUGUAUAGUUUAAACCAAAUCUUUGAGCAUUGACUCAUUAUUUCCCUAGCAAACCACCAACAAAUCAUUCACUGCAAGCCUGGAAAAAAAUGAUACUAGCCCAUGAUUGUUCAGAAGAUUCAUGUGGUAAGGCUACAGCCUUGCUGGUAACAGAUGUACAUUAUUGUUUCUGAAGCACCAAAAAGGAUUAAGUUUCUUUUCUGUCCAAAAAAGUAUAUUUUAAGAUACAUUUCAUCAUCUUUAUUCUGUUACAUUGAGGUGUGGAAGGAUUUUUGGUGUCUAAAGAAGACCUAAAUUUUAUUGUAUGUUCAAGUGCAUGAUUCUCUUCUGAUAUCUCCUUAAGCAAGAGGUAUUGAGUUAACUAUUUUCUACAUAAUGCAUGCAACUGUUUCUACACUUUGUUACUUCCCUUGUAUCCCACGUGUCUGCCAAUCCUAGCACAAUUCAGUAUAGCAGCUAUGAUUCUAAUGUUCAAUGAAGUGUCUUGUAGAUAUGCCUUCUCGUCUAUAGGAGUGAUUUGUUACAAAGGUGUAUUAAUGACAUUAACUUCAUGGCAUUUAGCAAUCUCGUACAAAUGCAGUGGUGCUUUGAAUUGAAUACUCAGUAAACUGCAUAAGAUGACUGACUCAAUACCUCAUCUAUUUUCACUUUACCUUUUUGAAUGGAUUAUUAUUAUUGUUUUAUUGCUUCAGUUGGUUUAGUCAUGUUUCAAACUCUUGCAUAUGUAAAUUGUGAUGUUUAAACUCAUCAGCACAGGAUAAUCUAGGGACCAAUAGUAGUCUUAAUGACUGCUCAAAGCAUUACUCAUUUCAUUUCUCUUAAUUUACCUUAAGUUUACUUUUAUCUUUAAAUGAUGGCUAAUUAUAACUUAGAAAAUUAGGUCCAUGAAAUUUCUAUGUUAACCAGUUUGGAAAUGUUAGCCACCUAUACUCUUUAUAUAGCCAAAGCAAAUAUUCUUUAGAGUUGUAAUUUCAACUUGAGUUCCGUGGUACUGCUUUUCUAUGAAGUAAAAGUUGUUAAUAGUUGAUGCUAAUUAUUUCACAGUUUAUGUUCUGACAUUAAAUAAUUUGUUCUGUAUACAUACAAUUGCAUUGGUAAAAUUGAAUCCUGUCAAUUAAAUUUAUCAGCUAUAAAAGAUGAAA